AUGGAGGUGGCGUCACCGCUUUUUGCAGAUGACGUUGUCCUCUUUGCCUCGUCGGAGACGGGCGAGUCGAACUCGUCGACGAACUCGUCCGCGGACGUCCCCGCGCACCUCAUCUUCAUGUCGACGCUCUUCCGUGAGCCGGCCAGCGUCCGCUUCACCUCGUUCGCCCUCGUCCUCCUCAUCUACCUCGCGUCGCUCGCCGGCAACUCGCUGCUCAUCGUCACCGUGACGUGCGACCGCCGGCUCCACAAGCCGAUGUACGUGCUCAUCGCGGCCCUCUCGCUCGCCGACCUCGUCCAGAGCACGUCGACGAUGCCGCGAAUCCUCUACGACUUCUUCUCCGACAACUACAUCACGACGGGCCAGUGCUUCGCGCAGGUCUUCUUCUACCACGCGUCGCUCCGCGACCAGGGCUACGUGCUCGCCCUCAUGUCGGUCGACCGCUACCUCGCCGUCUGCCGGCCCCUCCGGUACCCGUCGCUGAUGUCGGUGCCCGUGGCCCUCAAGGCGCUCGCGCUCACCCUGCUGCUCGCCGCGGCGCAGGCCGCCGGCUACGUGCUGCAGGUGACGAGCCUCGACUUCUGCCGGCCCAAGGUGAUCCUGGCGGCGAACUGCGACAACCUGGUGCUCAUCAACACGUCGUGCACGCGCAGCGUCGCCAACGUCGCCUACUCGUACGCGAACGUGCUCUCGGGCGUCGCGGCGCCCCUCGUCCUCGUCGUCGCCAUGUACUCGCUCAUCCUCGCCGAGUGCCGGAGGCGCGGCGGGCAGAGGCGCGCCGUCGAGACGUGCGGAGCCCACCUGCUCGUCAUCGCCCUCUACUUCGGCUCGGUGUUCUUCGCGAUCGCCAGCGGCUUCCAGGUGUUCGCCCAGCUGCCGCGCGAGGUGCGCGCCCCCUUCCAGACGAUGCACUACACCCUGCCGCCCGCCCUCAACCCCGUCAUCUACGGCCUGCGGACGGGCGCGAUACGCCGGGGCGCGUCGAGGCUGCUGAUGCGGAGGCGCGGGUGGUCGGUCGGCGACGCUGUCAAGGGUGGCGGCGGCGGGCAGUGAGAGGGAUUUAGUGUUCGCUGCUUGUUGUGGUUGUUGUGGUUGUUGUUUGUUGUUGUUGUUGUGUUUGACGGUGUGAGGAUCCGGCAGGGGUGGGGGGAGAGGUGGAAUGUCCUGGUGAAUACUGCGGUUGUCUUCAUCGCCACUCGCAGAAUCAUCAUCAUCAUCAUCAUCACACGAAGCGUCGUCACGUGCAGAAUCAUCAUCA